AAACAAAAUGUUGGUAGAUGCGAGAAUAUUUAUCGAAACGUGAACACCCAACAGGUUGAAGAGGCGAUAACAGUUUCACAUCACAUGUUCAUAUCUCCAGAUAUAAGAUGGAGGUUGUACUCAGCGUAACGCGUAGCGGGAUGUACACUGCACUUGCCGAUUGCCGCAAUUACUGUACUACAGUGCCCCAAACAUUCUACAGGAAGUUUUUUGAACAGGACUUCAGCAGCACAUCAGCGUUUUUCCAGCCUCCGUUGGAUACCAUCAGGAAUGAGUUCACUUUUCCUGUCGAGGACGCCAUCGGUGUCAUGGUCUCUGCGGCUUGUUUGUUGUUGUUACGCUUCACACUUCAUCACACAUUGUUCAAGUCUGCUGGCCAUAGCAUGAAAUUGAGAGAAGAAGAUGUGAAAAAGGUUCCAGAGAGCUUAUGGUCGGUGGUCUUUUACUCAUCUGUGUUCUCGUACAUGUGCUAUCUACUGCACUUCACGGAAAGACACAACUACCUCACGGACAUGCAUUCGUGGUAUACGCCAAUGACGGAUCUAGCACGAAACGAAUUGUGGUGGGUUUACAUUGUCGAGUUGGGCUACUACUUAUCGGCUGUGAUCAAUGACGGGUAUCUCAAUACUGAAAAGGUUUUUACGGACAAAGUGAUGAUGGUGAUCCAUCAUGCCGCCACCAUCGGAUUAAUCGUAUUCAGUUACAGUCUGGACUUCCUCCCCGCAGGAGUUGUAGUUUUGUAUUGUCAUGAUGCAUGCGAUAUAUGGCUUGACAGUGCGAAAAUAUUCAACUACUUGGGGAGGAGAGGUUUUGGCUUAACAAAACUAUACGAGGCCAUAUCAAAUGGUCUCUUCGUUACCUUUGUGAUCAGCUGGGUAUACUUUCGAUUGUAUUUAUUCGGGGUGAAGACUCUAUACGGCACAGGAUAUGUGUACUAUACGGACGUGGACCCUCCUCAUCUUUAUCUUACGUUUAACCUCCUGCUACAUGUGCUACUCGUACUGCACUAUAUAUGGUUCGCCCUAAUCCUCAAGGUGGUAAUCAAGGUGAUACAGGGUGAGGAUAAGGAGGAUAUCAGAGAAAAGGAAAUAAGGGAAAGAAAAAUGAAAGAGAAACGACUUAAGAAUCCAAUUAGGCGGAAAUCGAGCUUAGCCCAAGUAUACCUGGAUAACACUUUAGCGACCGAUGCACCCGAUGGAGACGACAAGAAAAUAUUAUAAAUUGAAAAAUAUGAAUAUGAAUUCAGAGACGAAACAGAUACGGUGCAUCGUUCGGUAAAAUAGAUAAUCACAUAAUAUAAAUCGUGGGAAUGGUAAAUUUUUUUAGAAUAUCACUAAUAUGCACAAAGGAUAUCAUCUUUACGUAAUAUGACGAGCAAGCCCACCGUGUGAAUUGUUACGGUAUGAUCAUGAGUCGACUGAACAAAUGUAUUG